AUGGAGAACGAGUUUUAUAAUGCCUUUGCUAGUCCGAUGACUAUUACUCAAAGCACGAUGCUUGAAAAUGAGACGGGGACAACUCAAAAACCACCUAAGCUUAUGGAUAUUGAUGAGUUUAGUGGAUGGGCCGAAUGUUUUGCUAACUGGGUUGAAGCAUAUCACUUAGAUGCAUGGGAACAUACUGAAUUUCAAUAUGCUAGACCAGUCGGGGACAAUAAUGUGAAAAUACCAAUUAGAGAAUUGAGUGCUGAGGAGAAAAAGAAAUACAUAGAUGAGAAAAUGAUGGGUCAAGCUUUUGUUGCUCAAAUUGUUAAUGAUUAUACUGAUGACUAUUGGGCAGAAAAAAUUAGAAAACAUUUAAAUGCUGAAGUUGAGAAAAAGAAGAAAUACGAAGAAGAAGAAGAAGAGCAAAUGAGACAAGCUGAAGCUGAGAAAAAGCUGAAAGAGUCAUAUGAUGUCUUGAACAAAGCCAUGAAUCAAUACAAUGAGACAAGCACUGAGCAAGCCACAGCAAUGAAGACACUCAAAGGAGCAUACAUGAGACAGCUUGAUAGUGUCAACUAUUACACUGAAAAGAUUUACCCCAUAGUGGAAGGAAUGAAGACGUUUGAAGAAGAAAAGAAUUCGGAAGAGAAGAAGUCUGAAAUAAAAGAAGAUGAUGAAGAAAAUCAUCAGAAGCAGAAAAAGAGCAAGUGUUCAGAAAGCAAACUAACAAAGAUUUCCUUGCAAAGAAGCAAGAAGAAAUAA